CAACAUUGUUGUCAUAUAAGAUCUCUCAAGUAUAAAGUACCUGAAGCAUAUGUGAUUAAGAUUUAUAUAUAUAGAGAGAGCGAGAGAGACAAGCCAGCUAGAAACAUUUAUAUAGUACAAACACACUCACACACAAAAAGAAUCAGAGAAUCAUUCCAAAAUUUAAAUAACAAAAAGAGGGAGAGAGUGAAAAUGAACAGAAUGAGCAAUACAGUGAUAGGGUUCUUGAAUAUCCUAACACUAAUUUCCUCCAUAGUUAUAAUAGGAUCAGCUCUGUGGAUGGGUAAGAGCAAGACAACAUGCGAGCAUUUUCUUCAGAAGCCCCUUUUGGUCUUAGGCCUAGCGAUCCUGGUCUUGUCACUAGCUGGUCUGGUCGGUGCAUGCUGUGACGUGGCUUGGGUCUUGUGGGUGUACCUCUUCUUCAUGGUCUUCAUCAUAGUUGCGCUCAUGGGUUUGACCCUUUUCGGGUUCAUAGUGACUAGCCAUGGUGGUGGUGUGGGUGUGACCGGUAGGGUUUAUAAAGAGUUUAAGCUUGAAGAGUAUCAUCCAUGGCUUAAGACAAGGGUUAUGGAUGCUAAUUAUUGGUUGACUAUUAAGACUUGUCUCUUGGGCUCACUCACCUGUUCCAAGCUCUCUCUUUGGACUCCUAUAGACUAUCUCCAAAAGGACUUGUCUCCUCUUCAGUCUGGAUGUUGCAAACCACCGACGUCGUGCGUUUACAACACGGAGACGCCGAUACAGCAAGAAUCGGAUUGUUACCGGUGGAACAACGCAGCGACGGUGCUCUGCUACGACUGUGACUCGUGUAGAGCUGGCGUUUUAGAGACAGUGCGUCGCGAUUGGCAUAGACUCUCUAUAGUUAACGUUGUCAUUGUUCUCUUCCUCAUCGCCGUUUACUGCGUUGGUUGCUGCGCGUUUAAAAACGUCAAGCGCCCUCAAAAUUACGGUUUCCCUUACGGACGCUACGGCAUGUCCAAAUCCCGACCCGGAUGGGAACAGUCCUGGUCGAAGUGGUGGCAUGGCAGAGAUCGGUAUUACUGAAAAAAAUUAUUCUAUGUAAUGCUUCGAAUUUCGCUGUUUACUUCUUGGCCUCUCUAAUUUAGAAAUAUUUUGUACAGAGCCUAAAUUUUUGUUAUUGAAGAUUUCACCUUUCUGUUAUUAAAAAAGAGCGAUUAACAUUGUAUAACGAUAUGUAUGUUCCAACUAGGAUUAAUUGGGCUACACAAAGAUCAUGAAGAGUUAGAACCUGAGUAGUUAACAUAAUAAAAUCUUAAAUGGGUUCUUGUUGGGCCAGAUAUUAGUCAUGAAGGAUGGCCCAUAAUUAAAAAACGAAACCCUGCCUAAUGUUAUGUAAAGAUAAAUGUUGUUUCUCCCACAUCGGAAGCUUGGCGAUAAACACUCGCUCUGAUGUAGUAUAAAACAAGACGAAGGUCGAGCUUUAAAAGGUACUUGCGAUCAAGAAGACGAGUGGCCUAAGCUAGUGACCUCCAUUGCACACUCAGGAGGGGCGCUUAGCUUAAGGUCUCCCCAAGUGGGAGAGCCUGCGUCAUUAUUUGUGGCCGCGGGGCCUGCGUUCGCGCGGCCCCUCCCAAUACUAUAGUAUAAUAAUUAAUAGUUCAACCCUACUUAAAGCCUUGUAACCUGAGCUUUUAUUAGUUAAGCCAAAACCACAUUCGGCAUUAAUAUAUUUUCAGGAACAAAUUAACUUUUAUUUUUACUUGUAUUAAAUCUAUUCUUUUCCCC